AGGGAGGAGGGAGCGCAGUCCUCUUUCGGGUCGUGAGUGAGGCCUGUGGUGUUUUUUGGGCCGCCAUGCUGGACCCGCAGAAACGGAAGCCGCCCGCCGACUUGGCCGUCGUGGUCGCGGCGAAGAAGCCCCGGCAAGAGGGCGCGCCCUCGGGGCCUGGAGCCGGCGCUGGGCCUCCCGCCGGAGCCCCGGGCGCCCUCCUGCCCGCGGGCCCUCCAAGAUGCUCCUCCCUCCAGGCACCCAUAAUGUUGCUUUCAGGGCAUGAAGGAGAGGUUUACUGUUGUAAGUUUCAUCCUAAUGGAGCAACUUUGGCAUCAGCAGGAUUCGACAGGUUGAUCCUGUUAUGGAAUGUAUAUGGCGACUGUGAUAAUUAUGCCACUCUGAAAGGACAUAGUGGAGCAGUUAUGGAAAUACAUUACAACACUGAUGGCAGCAUGCUAUUCUCUGCCUCCACGGAUAAAACAGUAGCGGUAUGGGAUAGUGAAACGGGGGAGAGAGUGAAGAGACUCAAGGGACACACAUCGUUUGUGAACUCCUGUUACCCAGCAAGACGUGGACCUCAGCUGGUUUGCACAGGCAGCGAUGAUGGAACAGUAAAGUUGUGGGACAUCAGAAAAAAGGCUGCCGUUCAAACAUUUCAAAACACCUAUCAGGUCUUAGCAGUGACUUUCAAUGAUACAAGUGAUCAGAUAAUAUCUGGAGGCAUAGACAAUGACAUCAAGGUAUGGGACCUUCGUCAAAACAAGCUGACCUACACAAUGAGGGGACAUGCGGAUUCUGUCACAGGCCUCAGCCUCAGCUCAGAAGGGUCUUACCUGCUUUCCAAUGCAAUGGACAAUACAGUUCGCAUAUGGGAUGUCCGACCCUUUGCGCCUAAAGAGAGAUGUGUGAAAAUCCUCCAAGGGAACGUGCACAAUUUUGAGAAGAAUCUCCUGCGAUGUUCUUGGUCACCAGACGGAAGCAAAAUAGCUGCUGGAUCUGCAGACAGGUUUGUUUAUGUGUGGGAUACCACAUCGAGAAGAAUCUUGUACAAGCUUCCAGGCCAUGCUGGCUCAAUCAACGAAAUAACUUUCCAUCCAGAAGAGCCCAUUAUACUUUCUGCCUCUAGUGACAAAAGGCUGUACAUGGGGGAAAUCCAGUGAAGAGAAACAGAAGAAACCCGAGAUGGUUACUGCAAGAAUAAAUUAAUCCUGACCUAUGUGGAUUGCCCCAAACAUCGAAAUGGAAGAUAGGAUGAUGGCAUUACCAUUUCUCUAUGAAGAAUUACAUCUAAACCUCCCGUGUUUUAAACAAAACCCUCCUUGAACAUUUGACCAUGUUUUCAGAAGAUUUAAAAAAGGCCAACGGUCCAGAAUCCUUUGGUGCUUGGGAGGGAUGUAAGAGGUUGCUUUUAGUUGGAAAUUCAAUUUUGAGUGGUCUUUAGUAUUGUUUACUUUUCAUGAGGUUGUUUGGUCACUUUUAUACUGAGAAAAAAAAAAUAAAAACUGUGUAAACAGGA